AUGGAGCCCACAAGCCCUCCAAAGUCCCAGCCGCAGCCGCUGCACAACUUCGACCUGCCGCUCCUCAAGUGGAUAACGACUUCCAGCUCGAGCGAAGGAGGCGGCGGUCACCACCAGCGCCGCCGCUCGGUCAAAUCGCCAUCCGUAAGGCCGAGCGGGUCCUCCUCCGCAUCUUCAGCUCGCCAACCUCCGCCGCCGCGCGAUUCCAUUCCUCCUCCUCCUCCGCCGCCGCCGCCGCCGCCGCCUCUUCCGCCGGUCGAUCAGUCGCCGCUGCGUGAAUUCGCGGCGUUGCCGCUCCGCGAGUCACCGAUCCGUGGGGAUAUCGUGGUUAAGCAUUCUCCUGUGCGGGGAGAAUCGGCACAGCUGUCUCCGGCUCGAGACAGCCAUCUGAAGAACUCGCCGGUCGACAGAGACCUGGAGAGGUUGUCCUCGAUCCGUGAGGAUGCCCUGCGGAUGUUCGGGACCAGCUCGGAGGCAUGGGCAAAGCAGACUAAGGCUGCUCCAAUUGUGUACCGCGGGAAGCAUUCCAGGUAUUCCUCCUCGAGUAGCAUGAAGAUUUGUUCUUCGAGUGCUGAAAAGGCUAAGGAGAAAGUAGAAGAGAAAAUCGAGACGAAACUUAAGGCGACUGAAGACGAUUUGCCCCCGGCUGUUACCAGAUCGAAAAUCCUGAUAAAAAUUCCUAACAAGAGCAAAAAAUUGAAGGAGGAAAAUGCUAAGGAAGAGGCACCAAAGAUGUCUGAUGACAAUGGAACUGAGAAGAAGUUGCAGGAGGAGGGAAAGGACAAAGAUUUUGAAUUUGAGGCCAAAAUUCCUGAUGAUGUAGAUGAUGAGAUAAAGAUUUGGAAUUUGAGGCCGCGAAAGCCAAAAGCCAAGACACAAAAUGCAGCUUUUGGUGCAUUCGGUGCAGAAUAUGGUAAUGUGUCUGGAAAUACUGGAAAAGCUAAAAAAACUGAGUCACCCUUGAAGAAGACAAAUAAAUCUGGGGAAAAGGACUCAAAUCGUGGUGACGGUGCUGAGGAGAAGGACAAGGAGAAAGACAAGGAUAAGGACAAGGAGAAGAAGGAGAAGAAAGCGAAGAAGAAGCUGAACAUCUUUAUUGCUCUAACAAAAGAGGAGAUUGAGGAAGAUAUUUAUGCUUUCACUGGAUCAAAGCCAUCAAGGAGGCCAAAGAAGAGGGCCAAGAACAUUCAGAAGAAACUGGAUGCUGUAUUUCCUGGACUGGGUCUUGUCUCAAUAACACCAGAGUCUUAUAAGGUGUCUGAGAACUACAUGAAGGGUUAG